AUGGAGGCCGAUUGGGACGAGGUGUGUCGUAUCGCGGUGCCUCCGCCGAGCCCGCAUGUCCUGCCUACAAUUGCGACAGCGGUCGCAUUCGACGAUGUCCAGGAACUGCUAUGGGUUGGAAAUGAAUAUGGCAGGAUUACCUCCUUCUACAGUGCGGAAUUGCAGAGAUACACAUCAAUCAGAGCGCAUCCGGUUUCCGAGGGCGCAGUACGCCAGUUCUUAUUCCAUGACAGAGGCGUGAUUUCGCUAUCGUCGAGAAGUGUGCAUCUGAUAUCUCGACGUGGGUUGACACAAUGGCACGUUACACAUCAGGAGAUGACGGAUCUCCGCUGCAUGAGCUUCACUGCUCAGACGAACAAGAUUAUUGUCGCAGGCAGUCAGCGCGUCAUGUUUAUUAUCGAUGUUGACAAGGGCCAGAUUGUUGACAAGUUGCCAACGGAUUACAACUACACUAUCAUGAAGAAGAGUCGGUAUCUUUGCGCAGCAACGGAUACGGGCUCAGUUAAUGCGCUUAGCCUGACGGACUUUAGUGUUGUGAAGAGCUGGAAGGCGCACGGGACAGCGAUCAAUGAUAUGGAUGCGCGAAAUGACUUCCUGGUCACUUGUGGCUUCUCAGUGAGGCAUCUGGGCUCCCCGAUCGUCGAUCCGCUGGCCAAUGUAUACGACUUGAAAACACUUGCACCUUUACCGCCAAUUCCUUUUCACGCCGGCGCUGCCUAUGUUCGAAUGCAUCCGAAGCUACAUACUACGAGUUUCGUGGCAUCGCAGACUGGACAACUGCAGGUCGUGGAUCUCAUGAAUCCUAAUACCAUCAAUCUUCGCCAGGCAAAUGUGAGCUUUAUGCUAGGCCUUGAGAUAUCACCAUCAGGAGAAGCUCUAGCUAUCAACGACGCAGAGUGCUCCAUCCAUCUUUGGGGCUCUCCAUCUAAGAUCCAUUUCAACGAGUUGAGUAAGGAGACCGAAUUCGCCGACGUCCCUACGCGACCUCCUAUGUUGGACUGGUCUCAUGAUGCCCCGCUGAAUCUUGUCGGAAUGCCUUAUUAUCACGAACGACUCCUCUCCGCCUGGCCCAGUCAUCUCAUCUUCGAUGUUGGAAGUCCACCAGCCCCGAUUGACCAAUCUCUAAUUCCUUAUCUCCGCCCCGCUGAGCUCGGGCAUUAUGCCCCGAAUCCAAAGAAGACGCGCAGGAACCAAGUGGAAAAUACCCGUGUUUUGACUUCUGCAGAGCCGGCGCUGGUCGCACCCAAGUUCUUGAGUGAAAAGGCUAGAGAGCAAUCCAGAUCAAAAUCUGACGGCUCUGUUGAUGAUGCCGCAGAAGCGCUUGCGGGCGCCAAACUCAAGAGUGAAGUCGACGAAGACCCACUACUCAAGUACAGUAAUGUCGAAAUCAAAUAUAGUAAAUUUGGAGUCGAUGACUUCGAUUUUAGGUACUAUAACAAGACGGCAUUUUCGGGUCUGGAGACUCAUAUCGCCAACUCAUUCACGAACGCCCUUCUCCAGCUUCUCAAAUUCAUCCCGCUUGUGCGAAAUAUAGCCCUUCAUCAUGCUGCCAGCAGUUGUAUAUUCGAGAACUGCUUGCUUUGUGAGAUGGGUUAUCUUUUUGACAUGCUAGAUAAAGCGAAUGGUCAAAACUGCCAGGCUACCAAUCUGCUACGGACAUUUAGCAGUUUCCGCGAAGCAUCCAAUCUAGGACUACUCGAAGAAAAUCUGACUAACAAGGCACUGUCCUCUGCCAUCCAGUCGGUUAACCGAUUCUUUCUAAGCCAGAUCUCGCAUGACUACCGCAUGGUCCAGCCUAAUUCUGAUGAGCUGGAUCAGAAAAUUGUAACUAUUGCAUCGGAAGCCAUUCGAUGUAUGUUCUGUCGAAAUGAAAUCGUCAGACCUGGAAACGCAUUUACGACCGAACUAGUCUAUCCUGCUCUUGAUAUCAAACAUGCUCGUCGCAAUCCGGCUUUCCGUUUCUCCAGCAUUCUCAAGGCUAGCAUCGAGCGCGAGACGCAGAAUCGAGGAUGGUGCAACCACUGCCGACGUUAUCAACAGGUCGCGAUCAGGAAGACCGUGCAUCGCAUGCCCCUUGUUAUGAUGAUUAAUUCUGCUCUCACAAACCCCAUACACCGGCAACUUUGGGCCAUCCCAGGCUGGCUACCAGAGGAGGUUGGCGUGCUGGUUGAGAACGGACAAGUCAUGUGUUUCGAAGGGGAGGAUCUCCGAACACGGGUAAGGAACAAUACGCCUGGUCUCCUUGUCUAUGAGCUUGUCGGCAGUGUCGCGGAGAUAGAUCAUACAGAACACCAGAAGCCACACUUGGUAUCGUUCAUUAACGUGUCUAUCUCCGCCCGCGAACCGGAGGAAAGGAGUAGAUGGCAUCUUUUCAAUGACUUCCUCGUUACUGAGGUGGACAAAGAUGAGGCUCUUAAGUUUAAUCAGCCAUGGAAAAUACCGUCUAUUCUGGCCUAUCAGGUCAAAAGCGCAAGGCAUUGCUUGGAUGAUUCGUGGAAGAACGCUCUCGACACUACUCUUCUGUUCCACGAGUGGUCAAUGAACGGUGGCCGUCCUGUCGAGUCUCUGCGUGUACUUUCAACUGACGAAAAGCCGCAACCUGGUACCCCUGUUGCUCUUGAUACAGAGUUCGUCGACCUUGAGAAGGCGGAGAUCGACGUCAAAGCAGAUGGUUCACAGGAGAUUAUCAGACCAAGCAGGAGCGGCCUUGCCCGUGUCUCUGUACUGAGAGGCUCUGGAAUACAGGAAGGAGUUCCCUUCAUUGACGACUACAUCACAGUCAAGGAAACCAUCGUGGAUUAUGUCACGCAAUAUUCGGGUAUCAAACCGGGCGAUUUGGAUCCUAGGACCAGUGAACACAAUCUGGUUCCGCUUAAGGUCGCGUACAAAAAGCUUUGGCUUCUGCUUAACUUGGGAUGUGUCUUUGUGGGACACGGUCUGGCGUCUGACUUCCGCAAGAUCAACAUCCAGGUCCCUAAAUCCCAGACGGUCGACACACAGUACUUGUUCUUUCAGCCCGGUAAGAACAGACGACUUAGUCUCCGUUAUCUUGCGUGGGCCGUCUUCAAAGAGUACAUCCAAGAAGAAAGUACGGAAGUCACAGAAGGCCAUGACUCAAUCGAGGAUGCUCGCAUGGCUCUUCGGUUAUGGAAGAAGUUCCAAGAGUAUGAAGAUGCCGGUAUCGUCGCCCAGAUGCUAGACGAAAUAUUCCGCGAAGGAUUCAGGCUGGGAUUUCGACCCCCACCCCGCAACGGCAAUAGUCUUGCCCGUCCGGGCACCGCAGUCACCAUGUCGAAUGCAAGCGGUCGCAACACGCCUGAUGUCUCUGUCGCUGGAAAUCUAAACGGCGGUACGAGUGCACCGUCGACUCCUAGACAAGCAUUCAGACGUUCUAUCGCCCUAACGCCAAGUAAUGGUACCUUUUCUGGUCCUGGCACGGGAGACUUUUUUGGCGGUAGUCCACUAAGUGAAGUGUGGCUAGCCAUGUCUGUAUUAUUCCCACGCCAGCUGAAGAUAUCAUCUACUUUGUCAUCACCCCUUCGAGGUGCUCACCUUAUCGGUUUAAAUUAUUAUAUCCUCAAACCAUCUCGUCUUGCUUCCGCUGUGUCCUCCCGACAGGUCCGUUCGAAGUCUUCGCAAGCUCCUUCAUCGAGGCCAUUUAGCUCGACCUCCGCAACCAUGGCCGAAUUCCCGACUCCCUCUAGGGACCCUCCAAAGCAUGAAAUGGCAUACUUUCCCCAGAUCACGAGUAGCCUGCCCUCGAAGAAUUCCGAGUUCAGACGAGUCCUCUGGACAGGCUUGUACUCGCAGCUUGUGCUCAUGAACGUUCCCGUUGGCGGUGAAAUCGGAGACGAGAUCCAUACUGUCGACCAAGCUCUCACUUUCACUUCCGGAACAGGACGCGCGACCGUCGCUGGUAAGGAUCAGGAUGUCAAAGCAGGCGAUAUGGUCAUUGUCCCUGCAGGAACGCAGCAUCAGUUCAUCAACACUGGUGAUACUCCAUUGAUCCUUUAUACGUUGUACUCGCCUGCGGAGCAUGCGCCGACAACUGUGCAUAAGGACAAGGCUCAGGGCGAUAGGGAAGAGGAGGAAGGUAUUGAUAAAGCUCCCGAAUGGAGCCGCAGAAGCAAGAAGGAUAAUGAAGCUAUGGGCCUUGUCAAGGGAGAGGAUUAA